AUGAGUAGUCGCAGACCGGAAGAAAUUAAAAAAAGAAAUGGGGUUCCAAAUUAUACCAAGUUUGUGGAAGAUUUAUUCCCCAACGAAUCUGCCUUUCCUGUUAAAGAGGAUCAUUUGAAAAAGUAUCUUAUUUAUCUUAUUCGCAAAGUUAAGGCGGACAAUUUGCAAGCCAGCUCUUUGAAACAAUAUAUAUCAAACAUUAGAGCCUAUAAUAGAUCUCUCAAAUUUGGCUGGACUUUUGAUAUUAUCACAAAAGAAGCUUUAGAUUCAUUGGAGCGGGUAUGCAAUAACUCAGUCUCUCCCAACUUAGGCAACUCGCAAUCUGAACAAUCUGAUUCAUCCGUUAUUAAUUUUACGGAUAGUUCAACCGAUAUUGAUGAUUAUAAUAUAAAUAAUGUACAUGAAAGUGCCACACCAAAUGAUGCGCGUCCUUAUCUCCCACCUGAAAUUAAUGCCCCGGAGAUCAUUCCUCUUCCUACCGGCAUUGAUUUUUAUACCCAACCGCAAUCUGAACAAUAUAAUACACCUGUUAACAUUCCAUAUAAUCUAAGUUCCCUUGAUGCCCAAUCCUUUUCCCUACCUAACAUUAGUACUAAUUUGUCGAAUAUUUCCCUAAAUCAAUUGCCUAAUCCUACUCAUAUAGAAUCAGUGAAGCAAAUAGUUGAUGUGCUGGGACCAAUUUCUAACGCACACAGAAAAAUGAUGUAUAUAGUUUAUAACCUUCUUUAUGCCCAAACCUCCAUCCUACCUGACACUAGUGCUAAUCCGCAGAAUAUUUUCUCCAAUAAUUUGUCUAAUUCUCAUAUUGAUGAGCAAGAAUUAGCAAGGCAAAUGGUUGAUGUGUGGGAACAAAUUUCUGAGGCACAUGAAAAAAUUUAUAACAUAUUUAAUCUCCAAAGAUAA